AUGUCAUGGCAAAGAACCAAAAAUAGCAUGCACAUUAUACGAGCGCCGAAAGCGUUCCUUGCAGUAGCGCCGCUUGCAAAAUGGAGCUUGCAUGCUGCUGCAUCAAAGGCAGCACCAACCAUGCCGCAAACAUCUAAACUACAACGGGAACCCACCACCAAUGUUGAUCAGUGCCUUUCGCAGAAGAAAAUGGUGUUCCAGCUCCGCCAAUGGCAGCUUUUAGCUUUGAGCAAGCGGAGGAGUUGCACCGUCAUCUACAGAAUACCUGUCACCAUGCAACAAGGGCUAGAUUCAUUAUUGCCAGUCCCAUAUAUCGGACAUUGCAGACGAAAGAUACCGGUCCCAGAGGCGACUGGAAGGGAAUGGAAGUUCCGGAACUAUGUCACCCCUUUGCUCAUAUCAAUCAGUGCUGGCCUAGGCACACUCGAACCCUUGCCUCAUAAUGAUCCGAAGAUCAUCCACAUCUUUGUUUGA